GGAACAUCACAAUAAAGAUUGUGGGAAAUUAGUUUGCUGAAUUUUAGUGACACUCAGGAUAUGCAGGUCAUCGGAAUGGCAACACAUCUCUGGCAUGAACAAUAUGUAAAUAUCCUGUUUGUCCAGGUGCUGAACAUCUUUGGAGUAAAACGUGAUACUUGACACAUGGUGCAAGGUCUCUGUUACUGCGUAGAGGACUGUGUGGUCAAACUCAACUAAAGCCAGGCUGAUUCUGCUGUCACAUGUGUUUGCAUUCUUGUCAGUGUGCCUGAGGACAGAAGAUACGUCCCCACGUUUGCAAGAACUUGUAUGAUGUUUUGUAUCUUCCUGUUCAUAAAUGUGCAAAUUAGUCCUUCCAGGACCACCUGAUAACCAGAUGCCAUGCAGUAUACACUCAACUCUAAUCUCCAAAGGCCACCGAAUGUUGAAUAGCCAGCUGGUUCAGUUUCUUCUUUGUGGCAUAUGUGGAAUAUUGUGCGCCAAAAAAAAAUCUGGACUUGUCAUGAUCCUCUUUUCUGCCUGCUGCAUCUGUGGACUCAUUGGGGGCAUCUUGAAUUUUCAGUUCCUUCGGGCAGUGACAAAGAAGACCUCUUCGCUCUAUCCCCUGCAUCUCGCGUCCAUGUCUCUUGCGUGCAUUGGGAUCGGGGGCUGCACCCUCUCUUCAUGGCUCACUUGUCGACUAGCCAGCUAUGAACAGAGGCGGAUGUUCUCAGAGAGGGAGCAUUCUCUGCAUCACUCUCAUGAAAUGGCUGAGAAAAGAUUGAGGGCUAUUGAAAUAACCGACUUGCCCAGCUGCCCGGUGGUGCCCCCGACACCAGAGUUACCUACAAGGAAAUGACAGACAACAUGAGCAAUGGAGGACCACAGCUGAUAUUUAAUGGAAGAGUAUAAUCAAUACUUUAAAGAACUGAACAUUUUUUAAGAUUUUCAUGAGGCAAAGAAAUACCAAAGGACUAGGAGAUAAGUUAAAACAGUUCUUGCAUUUGCUGUUAUCUCCCCUGAGUACUUACUAAAAUUAUUCUUCCUCAGUUUUGCCUCACUUUACUUCUUCAGCAUUUUUUUACUGGUGAAAAACUUUCCAGAAAUGUUCUAGUACAGUAAUUUCAACCAACUUUCCAGAUUGUUCUAAAAGAGACUUUUCAGGAAAAAAAAAGGAAUAGAUAAAAUAGAAAGAUUCAUAUUCUACACAAACACUAUUUGACUAGCAUGAGUGUUAGAUUUGUAAUGACAUAUUUCACAUAAGUAAUUAAAAAGUGCAAAUAUAAAGAAAUAACAAUAAUUUAUUGAUGUCUUUGUUCUGAAAGACAAUGGCUUCAAAGAAUGCCACAAUUUAAAACCUCAG